AAUCUGCUUGUGGUAAGUUGCACGCAGUACAGGUCUCUACAAAAUAUUCGAUAAUGGAUAGAGUUGCAAAACGAUCAACCAGCCUUCCAUCUUCAAGGAAGGGCCUGCACGGAAAUAAGCUCGUGGGCAAUCCAGAUUCUACAAUUAAAAUGCAUAUUCAGGUACCGGAUAAAUCUGCUGGCUCUACUCACACCGAUCCUGAGGAUGCCGUAUCUCAUUUACAGCCUGAUUUGCACACAGCUACAGGCCGUCGUGACAUCCGAGACCGGUCACUCGCUAUUCCCUUACCAAUACGACCAGAUCCCCAGAUUGUAAGACAGACAUCCUCUCACCAGGAUAAUGGGAAUGUCAAUUACAUCAAGAUAUGGGAGUUAGACCAGGCUGGCCGUGGCUUUAUAGCUCUAAAGGAUGCGGACCGGCUUCCAUUAGUAUUACUUAAAACAAGGUCAAGUAUCACGCCAAAGCAGAAAAGAUCACUACAGAAAGCAUUCCAUCAGAACUUGAUUGGGCUUUAUGGGUUUCAGAGCGACGGAUCCAACAUUACCUUCAUAUACCGACUUGAACUCUUAGCAGUUUCACUAGCUUGUGUCAGUAACAGUCCCAGAGUUCAGUUCAGUGAGUCCGAUGCUGCUACCAUUUCCAAGGAAGUAUUACUUGGGCUUGACUAUAUCCACUCUGAACUGGAAAUUAUUCAUGGAGAUAUUGAUUGUGCCAAUAUCGUGUUGAAUACUGAUGGUGAAGUUAAGAUCGCAAACAUAGGAGAUAGUAUGAUCCGGGGCAUAGAUUUAAGCUCUAGGAAUCAUGAUCUACGUGGCACAGGAAAGAUAAUCGCGAAUCUAAUCGAUCCAACAACGAGAAUAACUGGCGAGCCUAUUCUGUGUGAUGAGGUAGCGCAUAGUAUCUCAUCUAUAACUUCAGACUUUAUCAAAAAGGCUACAGAGGGAACUACAGCUAAAGCGCUUCUCAAGCAUAAUUUCCUAUCCAUAGCGACACCAACUGGUUCUUGGAGCUUGAAACCACUAGUAGUUAAUGCGUUACCAUUCGCUAUAAAAUUCGGGAAACACCUAGAGGACGGAAGUUAGGAGAUAGUUAACUGUGUAACUAACGUAAUCG